AUGGCGGAAAUAAACAACGAUGUUGCGCAGGACCUGCGUCCUUCUACGGGAGAGCUCACCCAUCGUAAAAAGAGUCUGGUACAAAUCAGCAGUGCAGAUGGCCACAAAAAAACCGUCAAUCUGGGGGACUUGAGCGAGGCCGAUGCCCAACUCGCUGAGCAGUUUGGUUACAAGCCCGUCUUCAAGAGAGAGUUUGGCUAUCUCUCGACCUUCUCCUUCGCCGUCAGUAUCAGUGGUCUGUUCUCAACGAUUAUGACCACCUUCAUCUAUCCACUGGAAGCUGGAGGAUCUGCUGCUGCAGUUUGGUGUUGGUUAAUCUCGGGUGCGGGUUGUAUGUGCAUUGCUUGCUCUGUGGCCGAACUAGUCUCCGCCUACCCCACGUCCGGAGGAUUAUACUUUACUAUAUCGCGACUUGCGCCGGAACCCUGGGUUCCUUCCCUGAGUUGGGUAACUGGCUGGAUCAAUCUUCUGGGUCAGAUUGCUGGUGUCGCUUCCUCGGAAUAUGGAGCUGCUCAGAUGCUUCUCGCCGCCGUAUCAAUUGGGUCUGAUUUCCAAUACGAAAUUACCACCAAUGUAACCGUUGGUGUCAUGGCAGCUCUGACAGUCUUUACUGGACUCGUCAACUCCCUGUCAACCUACUGGAUGGAGAAAAUGACAAAAACCUAUGUGAUCUUCCACGUCUGCAUCUUAUUAUCUUGUGCGAUUGCCCUAUUGGCAAAGACUGAGAACAAACAUGAUGCCAAAUAUGUCUUCACCCAUGUUGAAUCUUCCUCGGGAUGGACUCCCGUCGGCUUCAGCUUCUUAUUUGGGUUCCUCUCGGUCUCAUGGACUAUGACGGAUUAUGACGCGACUGCACACAUCACAGAAGAGAUUUCCGAGCCAGAAGUCAAAGCUCCUUGGGCCAUAUCACUUGCCAUGGCCUUCACUUACAUUGCUGGUUUCCUCUUCAACAUAGUUUUAUGUUUCUGUAUGGGUGAUCCAGCUGAGAUCCUCGCAAGCCCUCUCGCUCAACCCGUUGCUCAAAUCUACUACAACAGUCUCGGCAAAGGCGCCGGUAUCUUCUUCACGGUCUGCGGAUUCAUCAUCAUCAAAUUUGUUUGCUUCACCGCCAUGCAGGCAGUAGGUCGGACCGUCUUUGCAUUUUCCCGUGAUGGCCUGAUCCCAUUUUCCCACGUCUGGACGAACAUAAACUCGAAGACUGGAACCCCAAUUUAUGCCAUUUGGAUCUGCGUGUUCUUCUCUAUCGCCAUCAACUUGAUUGGUCUUGGAUCGUACGCUGCCAUCUCUGGUGUUUUCAACAUCUGCGCUAUUGCUCUUGACUGGAGUUACAUCAUCCCCAUUCUCUGCAAAAUGUGCUUUGGAAAGUUCAAGCCGGGACCAUGGCACAUGGGACCCUUCAGCACAAUUGUCAACGCCUGGGCGUGUCUCUGGACACUCUUCGUAUCCAUCAUUUUCCUCCUGCCCACCGCCAUGCCUGUGGAGGCUGACACCAUGAACUAUGCUUGCGUAUUCCUGGUUUUCAUUCUCCUUUGCGCUGCUGCCUCAUGGUACAUUAGCGGCCGGAAAUACUACACGGGUCCGGUCGUCGAAGCUCACGCCGAGGAAGAGCAUUCCGAAAACGAGGUUCCGUCUCUUCGGAAGAAGGAGACGGAAGUUUGA